AUGACCACUCAGCUCCUCUCCACGGAGUUAACCAAUCUCAUACAAGAGAGUAAAAGGAAGCAUAACGAUCUUAGACAGGCAUCUGAGAAGUCCCUAGAAGAGCUCAAGAGCAUACGUGCCGCAAAUGAAGCCCAACUUGCUGCUGAACUCUCCCAGAAGGUCAAUUUUGUUAAUCCAUUCGUUAUCGCAUGCGGGACAAGAAAUGCCAAAUUUACUGGGAUAGCCAUUGUCUGCUUGUCGCGGCUCAUCCUUGUUACUGCGCUCCCGUGGUCCAAGCUGAGCCCUGUCCUAGAAGCUCUGCGAGAGGCUACCUCUGCAGGCCUUGAUGUGCAACUUAAGAUUCUGCAGGCUCUACCUAGCUUACUGCAGAACUAUUCGAAAGAGAUCCAAGGUGAUCUAUUAGUCACUGUACUGAACAUCUGUUUCAUCUUACAGACAACCAAGAAUGGAAUCGUCAACAAUACUGCUGCUGCUACGCUCCAGCAACUUGUUAUGACAGUAUUUGAAAAGGUGGCAAUUGAAGACAAAUCUACAUCCGAUGGCAAUUUUGUUGGCGAUGCUCCUACUAGCAAUGGCAGUGUUCAACUCCGGGCUGCGUCUAUGGACGCUUACCAUAUUUUUAGGGAUAUCUGCUUAAUGACCGAAAAUCAACGGCCGGAGUAUCUCCGGUUUACAGGCCUUCCUCAAACAUUUGGCCUGGAGUUGAUAGAAUCAGUCUUGAGCCAACAUGCUGCCAUCUUUGUAGAAUCGCGUCAUCCGGAACAAGCCCAUAUACUUCGCACAAGAGUAAUGCCUUUUGUGAUCAAGGCAAUAUCCGGAAAGCCGAACUUUGCAACUUCGGUUCGACUUGUACGUAUUCUAUACACGUUAUUGCGAAAACAUCUAGAUAUUCUCUUAUCGGAAGGCGGCGAAGCUCUUGAUACUCUCACCCAGUUGUUAGAUCAAGACACAGCUACCUGGAGGAGAGCAUUAUGCAUGGAAGUCUUUCGCGGUAUAUUCUCCGAACCUCCUCUUCUUAGACGUAUUUUUGCCUUCUACGAUUCUAAAGAGGGCGAGAGAGAUAUUCUUAAGAACUUGACCUCUACAUUUGUUAGAGUUAGCACCGAAAAGCCAGUGGUCAUCGGUCUUGGCCAUCAAUCAACCAUUCCCGUAGCGAACCCUUACGCAAAUCUAGGCGGCUCUUCAGAUCAGGCAAUGCUGGAAGCCAGCGGAGUCACUGGAAUUAUUGGCGGAUCCGUCAGCGAAGGCCACAAUACAGGAAUCAGCUCUCAGUGGAGUACAGUUAGAGUUGCCUGCAUAGAUCAGUUAGAUAAGACUGAGCCGCCAGCGAUCCCUGAGUCAUACGUAUAUGCGUUGACUUUAUCCUGCAUUACUUCUUUAUCUGAGGGCUUGGCUAAGUUUAUCUUGCCACUUACAGUUCCUCCUGACAGUCGAGCUCGCAAACGCAGUGCUAAACAGCAAGAGAUGGGGAGAGAAUCGCCAGCUCCGAACGAAGACGACAAUGGAGCUCAAAACAAAUCUGUGGAGAGGACUGCUACGAUAAGUUCCAUCGAGAGAUCCGGAUCAUUCAAGAAGAAUCCUGUACCCCUCAAUCCCCUGGCUGUUAAGGAUCACCCCUUGUAUAAUGAGGUCAAGAUAUGUGCAGCUAUUAUCGAUGAAUGCUGGCCAGCCAUCCUCGCGACAUGUUCUACCUUCUUAUAUGCUGCACUUGACUCAGAAUACUACCACGGCUUAGUUAGAGCCUUUCAAAAAUUCGCCCAUGUUGCGGGAUUGCUCCAUCUCGCAACCCCGAGGGAUGCUUUCCUUACUACGCUAGGCAAAGCGGCUGUCCCACCGAAUGUGUUCAGUGCUUGUCUUAAUACAAGCACGCCCAAAUCUUCUAGUAUUAGCCCCGCUGUUGAGGGCCCGAACACUAUCCUAAGUAAUGCUAGGGGCCUCUUGAGUGUUGAUAGUCUGGUAACCCCGGUUGGGGCUGCUGGUGAGAGGCAAAGGCAGGCAUCUAUGGACGCCAACAAAAUACCGCAGACUUUAAAUACUCGAAAUCUCCUAUGUUUGAGAGCGCUCUUGAACCUGGGGAUAGCUCUGGGGCCAACAUUAAGCUCUUCGUGGGUGAUUGUCCUGGAAACGCUUCAGCAGGCCGAUCUCGUUCUAUUUACAACCGGAAAAUCUCCUGGAAGGACUCCACUGGCCGGAAAGGGCCCUGAUUCAAGAGCAGAGCACGAAGCUACUUCACUCUUAGCUAACUUUGGUACCGAAAUUAGAGCUGUUGAGAUAGCGGCAUCUAGACUAUUCGAAAGCACAGUUGAUUUUCCUAAUGCUGCUUUUGUAGAAGUUGUUGACGCAAUUUGCAGUCUCUUGGAUCGACAGCCUGACCCAGCUUCGGACCCGUCGAGCCCGCCACAGUCGUCGCCCUCCUCGUCGCCCCCAAUCCCAGGUCUUCGGACACCAAAUGGACCACACCGGAGGUUUGUUAGCGGAUCUGGUACAGUACCCACAGGACCUAGCCAAGAGGAUCAAUUUGCUCUCGCAAAGAUUGGUGAAGUUGCCGCUAUUAAUAUCGAGAGACUCCUUAGCUAUUCUCCCGAGGUCUCUGGUUGGGGCCGGAUUACGUCUGAACUUAUUAAGACGUUAAGUUCCGCCCCGACGGCUGCACAGAUUCGCACUCGCGCUGCGGAAAUACUCGUUCAACUUGUAUUAGAAGCUGCUAAAGCGACCGUUAAUCUCGACGACGAGACACGUAGUAGAGUUCAGCUUCGUCUACUACAAGCGCUUCGUGAUUCUUUACUGCCCUUGCAAAUGGAAGACCGUGUCACUUCGGUUGUCACUCAUUCGACGGAUGUUGAUAUUCAUAAGAUCAUUCUCGAGGGCCUCAAAAGCCUCCUUGAUGAUUGUGGGGAUGCACUUCUAAGUGGCUGGGAGAUUACAUUCGAGGUGCUUGGUAGCAUUUUCAUUCAGAGGAGAUUUGGCGACGAGGGUACACGAGAUGCCGAAAGUCAAUCACCAAUAUUAUUAACAAGGUCUGGAAAACUCAUUAGGUCCGCGUUUAAUUCUUUACAGUUGAUCUGUUCUGAUUUCCUUGGGUCACUACCUAAGUCAUGCUUUUUAAUUCUUGUUGAUACCCUGUACAAAUUUUGUUCGCAAGACGACGAUUUGAAUAUCGCACUGACGACUGUCACAUUCUUCUGGGUUCUCUCCGAUUUUCUUUCAGGCAGAAGUCGAUCAUUACCGAUUACUGAUAGUCUUGUUGAUGAUCCCGAUGGUGUGUCACUGGUCGAGAAGGCCUCAAAUGCGGAUGAUCCAUCGUCUGAUUCAGCCUUGUGGAUGCUUCUCCUAUUGAGGUUGACCACCGUGACCACCGAUGAGAGACUUGAUUUAAGAAACAGUUCUAUCCAGACGCUAUUACGCAUAUUUGAUGCGUACGGAGACAGGCUCAGUCCAGAGGCCUGGUCUGUCUGUAUAAAAUCGGUUAUAUUCAAGCUCCUUUCCUCUAUAGAGAAAGAGCUUACGAACGUAGGAAGAUCGGAAGUCAAUGAAAAAACUCGGCAUGACUGGUACGACACGGCCGUUGUUGUGCUCAACGGAAUAUCUAGCCUUCUUGCCAGUUACCUCGAUGUGUUGACUGUUCACCCGACAUUUAACUCUUACUGGCAACAGCUCCUAGGACAUUUUGCUUCGUUACUUGACUUCCAAGUUUUGGAAAUUAGCACGGCAACAUUCAAAGCUCUCACCCAGAUGCUUUCUCAAGGCCAGAAUGGCGUAAAACAGAAUUUCAACAAAACUACAAUUGAUCUAGCCUGGGAUCUGUGGUCCCGCGGAGUCCCAGUUUCAAGGUCCGGCAACACCGGAAGAAUCACGGAUAACCAGAAUUGUCUUCUUGCCUAUGUCGCAGCUCUUCGCGAUGUAUAUCGCCUCAUACAAGUCGAUCUCACUGUUGAUCGUAUUCGACGGAUGCUAACGCUGUUACGAGAAGUUAUGCAAGUUGCGACUCCUGGUACAUAUGUGGCUGAUAUUGAGCAUGUCACGCCCUUGCAGGGACAGGUUCUGGAUGUGAUAAAAAUGCUCCGGACCGACUUGCCCGGGGCGCCAUCCGCCCUUAUAUCCCAAACAUCCGAAUUUAUCUCUCUGGCAUUUCUCGAAGAGUACGACAUGUCGAACCAACGAAAUUCACAGAAACGCACUUACGUUGCCAUGUCGAAAGCCAGCAUGUCAAUCCUCCAAUCUCUCAUAGUCAAUCACGCCGCCGAUGUGAAUAUUUAUAACGAUGGCGCAUUUCUGAUUGCGUUGACUGCUUUGUCGAAGCCGAUUGUGCUAAAGUACCAAUUCCCCAUUAUCACAAAGGCGGAGCAGCCAUGGAAGCAAUCAACAACAUCCGCUCUGGUUAUUCUCGAAGCAACUCUCCCACAACUCCAGAAACUCGACAUUUCACGGUCCAAUCUACAAGAUAUAUGGGAAAUGAUUGUUACCAUUGCGAACGGAAUCAUUAGUGCGGAUUGUGAUGCACCACCGGACCGGGUCAAUAUUGCAGAAGAUCAGAACAUCGAUAUAGCCUCCUUUUUGAAACUUCGCGAGCUCAUCAUACCCUCCUUAGGUUCGGAGGUAGUAGCGGAUAGGACGAGGAAAGUAUUUGCAGAAAACCUAUUUCGUAUGUCUAUCAUACAUACACCAGCCCCAGCGGAAUCGUCUCUCAUAUAUGGGAAAGGUGAGAGUGAUGUAGUUGGGCUCCUAAACUUAUAUGAACCACGAAGGGGUCGCACGGUGGAUCCAUCUCCAGCAAAACGCGAGAAGAUGUGUUACAUUUGCCUGGAUGAGUUGUUCGCUCUGGUGUCAAACCAGAACGAGCUAUCAACACCUCAUAUCACUGUUCAGCCGCCAACGCCGGCCUUCCCGCCGCCUAGCUUAUCAUCAACAGCAGGUAACAUGACGCUUGAACCUCCACAUGCUCUGUACGUGCGACUAGCGAAAACAGCAGCACCGUAUCUCAUUCUGAGAGCUGCCCUAACAUUGAGAGCCUAUAUCGCGGAUCAACCGCUGCGCGGGCAUAUGCCGCAGCCAUUCAGCCAACGUAAGGAGCUCACACGGGUGCUGGAAAGGUUAGUAGAGCUUAAGAGCGAGCCGGAAGCUAUUCCAGAUACACCCAACGUUGAGAGUGAGAGUCGUAAACAUUUACUUAGGCUAUACCCGCUGCUCGUUAGUGCAAUCAAAGUUACGGGGACGAGCGGGGACGAGGGAAUAUUGAAGCUGCUAACGAAAGCACUGGAAGUUGUGGGGUCGGAACUAGGUAUCUGA